CCGAGUGCGCUUGUCGUGACGUGUUGGCCAAGUAUUGCAUUCGAUGCUUGCAACGCGAUACACGGAUUCGCGUUAAUUAUUAUGAAAUUACGGCAGCGAGACGUUGUUUGCAUGUAAAAUGGUGGAGUGAGAUUCCAAGAUUGGCGUCUGCAGAGACGAUUUUCUAAUGAUUCGGAUCGAGUAGGCCCGCGAACGAGGUCAAGUCAUGUCAGCGAAAAAAGGCCCAGAUGUCGUCGCACCAGCAACUUUCUACCAACCAUAACUUUGCGCCCUGAAUGUCCUGUUGCUGCCUUUGGUGGACCGAAAAGUCACGGCCGGUCGUAUGAGAGCGAGUGGCGUCAACUUCAGUCAGCCUUUUCGCACUCGACCUUCAUGAAAAAACGACCCGGCCCGUACCACCACAGCUCCUCCUGUGCCCACAAGAGAAACAAGAUGUCCUCGCUGGACGCGACCUGCACCGACCUGGCCAGUCUGCUCGAGUGCCCCGUGUGCUUCGACUACGUGCUUCCGCCCAUUCUGCAGUGCCAGAGCGGCCACCUGGUGUGCUCGAGCUGCCGGCCCAAGCUCAACUGCUGUCCGACGUGCCGCGGCCCGCUCGGCAACAUCCGCAACCUGGCCAUGGAGCAGGUGGCCAACACCCUCAAGUUCACGUGCAAGUACAACUCGAGCGGCUGCGCCCUGACCCUGACGUGCGCCGAGAAGACCGAGCACGAGGAGCAGUGCCAGUUCCGGCCGUACUCGUGCCCCUGUCCGGGCGCCUCUUGCAAGUGGCAGGGGCCCUUGGAGCAGGUCAUGCCCCACCUGCUGUCCGCACACAAGUCCAUAACCAACCUGACCGGCGAGGACAUCGUCUUCCUGGCCACCGACAUCAACCUGCCAGGUGCCGUGGAUUGGGUGAUGAUGCAGACCUGCUACGGCCACAACUUCAUGCUGAUCCUGGAAAAGCAGGAAAAGUACGAAGGGCACCCCCAAUUCUUUGCUGUGGUGCAAAUCAUCGGAUCUCCCAAGGAGGCGAAAAACUUUGCCUACAAGUUGGAGCUCAACGGAAGCAACAAGAGGAAGCUUACGUACGAAGCUUCGCCGCGGUCCAUCCACGAGGGCGUGGCGGCCGCGAUCAACGGCUCCGACUGCCUCAUCUUUGACCCGAGCAUUGCCAAGUUGUUCGCCGACCACGGCAAUCUUGGAAUCAACGUGACCAUUUCGCAAAUUUGACCGCCGCAAGACUAAAUUGCCAUUUUCAAAAUGGUCUCCCGAAUGAAUUAAAAGAAAGUUGUUGUUAAUGAAUUGGAAAGUAUUGAAUACUAAAACUGUUGAUUUUUGUAAUGAUUUCAGACAGAAUAAGUCAAAUUGAUAGAUUUUAUACUCUAUCCGCAGAAACUGUAGAUAUAUUUUAAACUUGAUCAGCCAGUGUGAUCUUCCGAAUGUGUGAAUUUACCACUUCUUGCGUUAUUAUUAUUAUCAGAAGAAACGUUUGGGAAUAGCCCCAAUUUCAUGAAUUGUGCCAUUUGGUUGGAAUGGGACGAUUUCGAUUGCAAUUUGAAUGAUGCAUACAGAUAAAAACGUAAUAAAUAAAAUGAUAUAAUUCAAA